UUUGACAUGUGCUGUUUGUUGCACAGACAACAAAAUGAGCAAAGAUGAAGAGAGGCAAUUUAUCACUGAAGAAGAUGGAAGUAAUGGGGUUUGCUGGAUGCAGAGUCAAACUAUGGACAACGAAGAAGACGAGGCGUUAACAAAUAAGCACAAUGACAGAAAAAUUACAACAUUAGACGAUUUAAUUUCCAACAUAAAGUUUGGAUCUCUUCACCUCAAAAUGUUAAUUACAACUGGUGGAGCAUAUUUCGCAGUCUGUGCAGAAAUAGUCGUGGUCGUUUUUCUGAGUGACCUGGUGAAGAAAGAAUGGAACCUUGACAAGUUCAUUUUUUCUCUGAUACCAUUGGGGAGUGGUAUCGGAGGGAUCCUAGGGGAAUGUACUUUUGGAAUAUUUAGUGAUAAAUUCGGAAGAAAGUGGCCAUUUGCAAUAGCAGUGUCUCUUGUAGCUUUAUUUGGCAUAGCUUCAGCAUUUGCACCAUCAUUUAUGGUCCUGGUUGUUUUGCGUUCCUGUGUGUCUGUUGGUAAUGGAGCAGUCUCAUCUAUUGUCUUUGUUUACCUUUUAGAAUUUCUACCGCAGAAAAAUCGGGGAAAAUGUAUGGUUGGUGUGACUUUCUGUGGUGCACUAGGAGCUGUGUAUACAGGUGGAAUGGCUUGGUGGCUACUGGAGGGACAUAGCUGGAGAACGUUUGUGGCUGCCUGCUCCACACCAGCAUUUAUUGUGGGUGUUUUAGCUUUCUGCUUGACAGAAGAAUCUCCAAGAUUUCUUUUUAUUUCUGGUAAAACCUACAGAGGCAGGAAAGUGCUGCAAAAAAUGAUUAACGAACCCUUGGCAUGGCAAGGUGAAAUUGAGUGCCCACCAUUAGAGAAGCGAGGUCAAAUUCUUGAUUUAUUCACCCCAGGGAAUGGGUGGAAGACUUUCAACCUUGGAGUAGUCUGGUUUUUACAGGCAGCAGGAUACUGGGGGGUGACCAUGUACCUCCCAGAAUACAUGGGAUCACAAGGAGUGGAUCCAUACUUCAACAUGUUCACCAUUUUCAUUGGAGAACUCCCUGGACUCUGUCUCGCUAUGAUAUUGAUCGAGCCCUACAUGUUGGGUCGCAUUAGAUGUUUACAACUAUUCUCUUUCUCUACAUGUGUAUCAUUGAUAUUAUUUGCAUUCGUAAAAUUAGACUUUCUGAAAGCAGUAUUUGUUAUUGUCUGCUACUUUUUCAUGGUACCGAUUUACUCCAUUUUGAGUACUUAUACUCCUGAGGUUUAUCCAACUGGCAUACGCAGCACUGCUAUGGCUACAAUGUACAUGGUUAUUGAGAUUCCCGGCUUAGUUACUCCUUUUGGCGGGGAGUAUUUGUUGUCCAGUAGUAUAAAUUGGCUAUAUCCUGUGGUGUGGGCUGGAGUCUUCUUAUUACAGAGUAUGGCUGUUUGUGGAUUGCCAUCAGAAACAGCAGGAAAAGCAUUGAAGGAUUCACAGAAAGAGACACUGAUGGAGGAUGUUGCAGAGACUUCCAUUUCAUAGGAAGGCAGCUGUGUAAUGUGUAAACAGUGUUCUGUUAAGCAGGAGUAUCGAUGAUGAAUUUGUUAAUGCUUUAAUUGUCGUCUUUCAUUUUUGUGUGUGCUUUUUAUGUUGUGAAUCAAUAUUUAAGGCAUUGUGAAAUAUUUUGAGAAAUAAGCUAGUUAUACAGUCAAUUUAUCAAGAUUUACAACAAUUGAAUAUUCUAGAUGCCCAGGGUAUGAAAAAGACAAUCACUUUUACUGCCAUACAUUGUUAUCAUUCUGCCUUUAUAUUAAGUGGUCAGAAAAGAACAUGGGUGAAUAAGAUUGCAUAAUUACUAAUUGGUUUGAUGACACAUUACAUAUUGGUUUGAUGGUACACCUACUAAUUUGGAAAAAUUGUGUAGAAGUCUACCAUAAAUUCAUUGCUAUAUAACAUAGUUAAACAUACUGAUAUUAUGCAAAAUUUUCAAUUACUGACAGUGGUAUUUUUUUAACAAACGCAAAGAAGAAAAUUUGAUAGUUUUUGUUUUGAUCAAAGCCCCAUCUUCUUUUAAGGUGGUAUGGGACACUUCCAUGUUGUGACGUAUUGUUUAUCGAAAUAAACAAUAAAAUUAAGUGCAGUUAUAUAAGUAGUUUCUUUCCCAAUAUUGUCAUCUAACAGCGUAGCGCAGUGAGUUAGAGGGUUUACUACGAAUCUGUAAGUCAUGAGUUCGAAUCCCACUGUGGGUUUUACAAUUUUUACCUUUCAAAAUAUUUUUAAAAGGUAUUUUUUAGUUAGAUAUUGUAAAAUUUGAAAAUUCUAAACCUGGAAAAUAUUUCAAUUAUAAUGUACUUUAAUCCACAUUAAUAUAGACAGAUGUCCCAUACCACCUUAAUUUUUUAAAACUAUGAACGGAUGUAUUUUCAUAAUUAUUCUUCUGAAACAUUCAAAUGCUGUUCUACAAAAUGAAAUAUAUAUAAAUGUACAGCAGGCCAUUCCUACAAACAAUUGAAAUUGGUUCUAUUAUUAAUUACAUGUAUAUUUUAAUUUAACCUGACCAAAAAUUUGGAAUUUAAUCCACUCUACAAAACAACUGGAUCGAUACAAAAUUUUAGAAACUCACCAAUGGAUUAAAAGAUAGGUUGGAUUUUCAUUUUUCAUGCAUCCCAAGGCAUUUUACUUGGCUUAUUCACCCAUCUUCUUUCAAAACAUUGUUUAUGUAAACAGGCAAUUUUGUAAGACGAUUUGUACGUAGUAUAAUGAUUUACCAAGAUGAAUUUAUUUUAAAUGCUGGCAUUAUUAUUCUAGUGAGUGGAAUUUUGAUCUCAAAUAUGAUAUAUUCAACAUAAAGCAUUUAUCUUGUAUAAUUUGUGUUUUU